CGUUAGUCUUUCACGAGUAAUCACAUGAUCCGGAUGCUUGUGCCUGAAAUAUUUACAACGCAAAUUGUUACGUUCAUAAUCUCGGCCUUUCUUCAAUGUGAUUGAUAAAACUUAUUGUGUGGAUCUUUUCGCUUAACUGAGAAGAUCUAAUAAAAUCAAAUCAAAUUCAUCAAUUUAAUUUACAAAAGUUUAGUGUCCAUGCACAAUACACAGAAGUGAACACAUUCAGUAUUUCUAAAAGUAUAUAAAAUUCAUCAGAGCUUCAUAAAAGAUCCGUGUAAACUCUAUAGGAAAGUGUCAAUCGAUAUCAGAAUUGUAAAAUAUUAGUACCCGAAGAUCAACCCAAAGAAACCACAGACAUGGAUACAGUUCAUGAUCCAUAUUUGAGACACUUGUUCGAUGGUGACCCAAUAUUUAAUGUCUACAAUCAGGAGGCUGUAAAUUUAUCGGUCGGAGCACCUGGUCCUGAUUUAUUGAAACAUUGUAUAGAAAUGCUGAAUAGAUCCACGCGACAUAGACUGGAAGAAGAAGAAAAGGAAGGAAAACAUUACCUUUUUCAAUAUGGUAUCACGGCGGGUCUUUGGGAAUGUCGCGAUGAGUUAGCCAAGUUUUUGAGCAAACGAUAUGGCAAUUCUGUAUUGAGAGAGCAAUUAAUAUUAACAUGCGGAGCAUCACACGGUCUUCAAUUAUUACUGAAUACCAUACUCUCACCAAAUGGAAUUAUUUUUGUAGAAGAAGUUACUUAUAUGAUUGCUCUCGAGGCUUUUAAACAAUUUCCACUGAUGCAAAUAGUUACAGUGCCAAUGAAAGAUGAUGCAGUAGAUCUAGAUGCACUCGAAAAAAUAAUAGUUGAAAAGAAGACAAAAGGAAACUUUCUUCUAAAUGAUCAGAAAAUAUUCUGGGCGAUGUUUUAUACAAUACCAAUUUUUCAUAAUCCAACUGGAAUGACACUGUCUCCUGAUCAAUGCAGGCGUUUAGUAGAGAUUGCACGAAACAAUUCCAUAGUGCUAGUCUGCGAUGAUGUAUACAAUUUACUUUAUUAUGGACAUGGAUUUCCGCCACAACGUUUAUUUUCUUACGAUGACCCAAAAGAUCCAAAUUACAAAGGAGGAAACGUUGUAUCAAAUUGUUCGUUUUCUAAAAUCUUGUCACCAGCGAUUCGCUUUGGAUGGAUUGAAUGCAGUCCGCGCGUUGUGAAUAUUAUAAAGACCUCAGGCAUAAUGUGCAGUGGUGGAGGAGUUAAUCAUUAUGUUUCCGGAAUAAUUGCAAGUUUAUUACAUGAACAUCUUGAAGAUGAACACCUUAACAAGAUGAUAAAGAUCUAUAAAGAACGAUUAGAUACUCUUUGUGCGACUUUGGAUCAAUUUCUUCCAAACGGUUGUUCGUAUCACAGACCAGGAGGUGGUUAUUUUGUUUGGAUCCAUCUUCCGUCAGAUAUGGAUGCUGCAAAAUUCAUCAAAUGGUGUCAAAAGGAAUAUAAAGUAUCAGCGAUACCAGGUACUCGAUUUUCAUACAAAGGUGAAGCAAAGAAUUUUAUACGUUUAAGUAUAGGUUUUCAUACAAGAGAAGUUUUGGAAACUGCGACACAAACUUUAUGUAAGGCGCUUUUCACAUAUAUGAAACAUAAAGUAAAUUGUAAAAACGAUAUUAAAUAAGAAUGUUCAAAAGUAUAAGGAAAAUAUUUUUAUCAAAUCAGAAUUUGAAAAACAAAAUAAAAUAUACAUAAAAAAGACAAAUAUAUCAAGUUGUUACUUCGUAACAACAUGGCAACCGGGUGGCAUCAAGAUCAAAAGUGUUGACAUUGAAUAAACCUAUUGUACUUAUC